CUUUUCAUGUAACCCAAAGAACUGCAUCAAGGGAAGCUUUUAGGUUAUAUUUAUUGACUUGUGGUUGCUAAAAAUGAACAAAAGCUAACGGGGAAGCCCAUCUAAAACAUAAUUCGAGAUGGAGGAGGAUGGCCAGGAGAAGAUGGAGCCAUCUUGUUGCAUAAUGAGCGGCUUGAGAUGUAUAGUGACCAAAAUCAGCAAUAGAAUGAGGAAAAGGCUUAGCAAACAGCCUCCUAGAAAUGACCACCUUGCCAGCGUCCGCAACCGCCUGAGAAGGAGGCUGAAAGAGAGGCAGGCACCGGACGCAGCGGAAUCUGUCUCUGAGUCGCAGAAAGCCACCAAGAAAGUCACUGAGACCAACCAGGCCACUGACACCCCCGAGGACACCCAUGCCCAGGUGACGGGAGCGGAGCCGCUUAUGACGUCUAAGUGGGUCAUAAUUCAGCGAAGGAAGGGGCUGGAGGCUGCAAAGAGACCAGCAUCAGAGACAAGCCUCCAUGAGACCCAGACAGAGGAGGCCACUGAGACCAUUGAGACCCCCAAGGGGGUGACCAAGACCAUUGAGGUCCCCAAGGCUUUUGGGGACAUUGAGGGCCAGGAGGUGAUGGCAUCUGACCUCCCAAAGAUGACUGAGGAAGCAGCCCCACAGGAGACCAGGAGCUGCUGGGGGGACAUCCCAUCUACCCUUCUGGCAGAGGAUGCUGAGCCUAUUGAUAAUGCAGAGGGAGAACAGGGCCUGAUCCCAGAUGAUGAUAUGGACAGUGGGAGUGUCAGUUCCUUUGGCUCAAACUGCAGUGAACUGGAAAGGAUUCUCAACAUGGAGGCGUGUGACCUGGACAGUUUGAGCAGUAGUUUGAAGCAUAUUGACAUGGAGAGACAAUUCAAUAUGUACGACGAGCCGGACACCAUGAGCAUCAAUUCCAGCUGCUCAAACCUCAGUGGGCUGGACGGGCUCUUCCAAUCAAGAGAUGACCUGGACACUCUGAGCAUCGAUUCCAGCUGCUCAAACCUCAGUGGGUUGGACAGGCUCUUCCAAUCGCAAGAUGACCUGGACACUCUGAGCAAUGCUACCAGCUUUUCAAACCUGGGCCUAGAAGAUCUAUUCGAAAUGGAGGUGGAGGUACAAGAGUUGAACAUGAAGAACCAGGAUGAAUGGUCUCCGAAACAGGACGUGUCUAACAGGAUCACCUUCUGCCGAGCACUGGCAAUGUUCUCCCUCUGUGCUGGUGCAGUGUGGCUGGGCUUUACACAGGCAUACAUGCUUGGCUUUUAAGCCUGCCCAGUACACUGCCCUCCAUGGUGCCACCCCGGGCAAUGACCCUUUCAGUCGGCACCUACAGUAGGACUGACCCUGAAGACGAAGACCAUUGUUUGUAACUGUGGAUACUAAUUAGCAGAAGAUUGGACAGAGCGACAUACAAAAAUACUGCACUCAUUAUUCAAAUAUUUUUUCUAACCAGUUGAUUAAUAAAUUAUUUUA